GUGUGUGUGUGAGUGUGUGAGUGAGAGUGUGUGUCCGAGCGAGCGUCUCAGUAAACAUGGCCGACAGUAGCCGCCGGUGGAUACAGAACAGCAGCCGUUUGCUCUUUUUUAUCCCAUUUCUCCUCAUCACUUCAUCAUUAAAUGGAGUUACCGCCGCUCCAGAGAUGGGCCUGUGGACUAUUACAGUGCUUAAUACAUCAAGACCUUUAUUGUUGAGAAAAGCCAUGUAUAAGGACACUGACAUUCAACUAAGAGUGGCGUCAUUCGGUUGUCCGGAGGAAGUGACGUUCUCCAUUCAGUGGUUUCUGAAAUACUACCCCUGUCACAAUGAGUACAACAAUAUUGAAGAGAUGUAUGAAAGGACGCCACUGAGUCUAGGAAAGAGUCUGGACCCGAACCCUCUCGGACCCGGACAGUAUAUUCAGCACAAAUACAGGGAGUUAUCCUGCCGCAGUGACAUGCACAUGUUCCCCAUGCUCAAUAAAUCAAAAGCAGAACCAAAAACCGUGAGCCUGGCUCAGUUGGAAGGCGAGUUACAGGAUGGGAGUUUAACAAGUUCUUCUGUUGCUGAGGCUGGCUCAUAUAGAACAACGGAACAUGUGAUUGCUACGACCUGGAGGGACGGGCCCUACCUGCUGGUAGUGCAGAUCAAUUCAAGCAAACAGGAUGCCAACUGGAAUUUAACCUUCAGUGUUGUGAUGAAGGGAACCCACGGCUAUCUCUCUGUCACCGAAUGGCCUCUCAUGAUCUUCUACAUGGUCAUGUGUGUGGUGUACAUCCUGUACGCUCUGCUGUGGUUCGUCUGGGCAUCCUGCUACUGGAAAGACCUGCUGAGGAUCCAGUUCUGGAUUGCAGGAGUCAUAUUCUUGGGCAUGAUAGAGAAGGCCGUCUUCUGUGCUGAAUAUCAGAACACUAACAACAUGGGCUCAGCAUCUCAGGGUCUGCUGAUCUUUGCCGAGCUCAUCUCUGCUUUGAAGAGGACUCUGGCCCGUUUGCUCGUCAUCAUCGUCAGUCUGGGCUACGGCAUUGUCAAGCCGCGUUUAGGCACCGUCAUGCACAGAGUGGUGGGUCUGGGUGUGCUUUACUUCGCAUUUGCUGCAAUUGAGGGCAUUCUGAGGAUCACUGGGGCUAAAGACUCUGACCUGGCCCUGCUAGCCAACAUUCCCCUGGCUCUGCUUGACUCCUCUCUGUGUUGGUGGAUAUUUGUCAGUUUGGCACAAACCAUUAAGACUCUGAAACUCAGAAGAAACCCAGUGAAGUUGUCUUUGUACAGACACUUCACCAACACGCUCAUCUUUGCUGUUCUCGGCUCCAUCAUUUUCAUGGUUUGGACAACGAAGAAGUUCCGGUUAGCAGACUGUCAGGCGGACUGGAUGGAGCUGUGGGUGGAUGAUGCUUUCUGGAGGUUCCUCUUCUCCAUCAUACUGCUGGUCAUCAUGUUUCUGUGGAGGCCGUCUGCCAACAAUCAAAGGCAAGUAUACUGAAGAUAUGGUGUUUCUUCCAAAUCCUACACUGUAAAAAAUUAAAAGUUGAGUUAACUUAAAAAAAUAAAGCAACCAGCUGCAAAGCAUUUUUGAGUUUACUCAACUUCGGUGGUUGAAGUUGUGCCAAAUCAUUUUUGAAAGUUCAGUGAAGGUGGAUAAGGGAGUUGAGCGAACUUUAAAAAACAAGUAGCC